AAAGAGGAAAUUGAAGUGUGAUCCCUGUUCAGCUCUAUUGUGAAGGUCCUACCAACACCCCAUUCUGUUAGUCUGCUAUUUUAAGUGGAUAAUCUGAUCUAAGAGUGAGUUUCCUGUACAUCAACCAUGGCUGUAGUCAAUGCCAUACUAGUUGUAGGACUCCACGACCAUUAAUUUAAUACAGUGAUUGAAACAGGUAACAAGAUUUCUUCUGCAAUGAUAGAACCAGGGCCUGCUAGGGUUGGGAUACCCAGAUAAAUUGGAAAACUACUUGGAAUCAAGAAGUUUGGACCAUGUGUGACAUGCGACGGUCUCAAAGCUGGGGUGGCAGUGAACUCACGGUGGAAAUUAAUGCAAAUCCGGCAUUACCCAGAUGGCGUAGAAGAGUUAUUGCACCAACUUUGUAUGGUAAGCCGCAACCAGGGGACCUUAUUGAGAUUUUUCGAGGGACAUACCAACACUGGGGUUUAUACAUUGGCGAGGGUGACAUCAUUCACCUUGCACCUCCUUGUGAGACUGCAGGAGCAGGGCCUAACUGCCUGAUGUCCGUUCUGUGUGACAAGGCCAUAGUGAUGCGAGAGGGGCUACACCAGGUGGUGGGCCAUGACAGAUUCCACGUCAACAACCUUCUAGACUCCAAGCACAAGCCGAGGAGCGUAUGUGUCAUUCUGCGUGACGCGCUUAGUCUGGCUGGCCUGGAGAUGCCCUACUGUGUUCUGAGAGGAAACUGCGAACACUUUGUUACAGAGCUGAGAUAUGGGAGAGCGGAGUCAAGACAGAUUCAUUAUGCAGUGAAGAUUGGUGUGCGGACCAUGGCCAUUGGCAUGAAGGUUCUAACUAACGCAUCAAACAUCGCCAGAAAAAAAGAAAAGGAAAAAUCCUUGAAAAUCAUCCCAAAACUGUGAAAGCAGGAGGACAAUUGUGCCUUUUCUUUGGAACAAAGCUUAAGACAUAUAGAAAUUUGACUGGCAGCUGGUUUAUGUGAAUCUGUUCUGGGCAAACCAUAUGCAAACCAUAUGCAGUACACAUCA